AUGGGAUUUUCUGACUCCUCGGAUUACGGAGACAAUAUUUUCGAGGAUCUAGAUGAGGCCGAGCAGGCCGAGCAGGCCGAACUGGAACGGCCCACCAAGCGUCAAAAGAGCUGCCAUUUCGACGAGGUGUCCGCCUCCUCCGCCUCGAAGCAAAGCUACUCCGACAUCGCCAAUCGCAUUCUCAAAGAAAAGUUCGGCUACGAGUCUUUCCGGCACGAGCAGGCCAAUGCGAUCCAGCGGAUACUGGCCGGCGAGAAUGCCCUUGUCAUCUUCCCAACAGGUGCAGGGAAAUCGCUAUGUUUCCAAGUAAAUUCCGGCAAUCGCGUUUCCCGAGUGGACGCGGCAGACGGCUCGAGGAAGCCAGAAAAUGCGGGUGUUACCCUGGUGGUAUCCCCGCUGAUAGCUUUGAUGAAGGACCAAACCAUCUACGCGAGUUUGCGUCGCGGUCAGUUGCGUAUCCUCUACUGCGCUCCCGAAAGACUCAACAAUGAAGGCUUUAUCGAGAGCAUCAAAGAGGUCGCAGGUGGCAUCAGAUUACUUGCAGUGGACGAGGCACACUGCGUCUCAGAGUGGGGCCAUUCCUUCCGACCGGAUUAUCUGAAAGUCGCUCGCUUUGCCGAGGAGAUCAAAGCUGAGCGUGUCAUCUGUCUCACGGCCACAGCUACGCCAAAGGUUGCCGGAGACAUUCGCAAAGCGUUCAAGAUCCAGCCGCAGUGUGUCAUUCGGACAUCACCGUACAGGCCUAAGUACGAAGAAGGUUCUGCCGACGCGCUGCUAUUCCGGCUGCUAGGCUUUCGGGCCAAAGGAGAAAGCGACGUCAGAUUUGAAACUCUCUUCAGAUAUUUGCUUGCUAAUCCAGGCCCGACGCUCGUUUAUGUCGCGCUGCAACAACAGGCCGAGACCCAUGCCGAUGUUCUUACUAAACAAGGGUUCAACGCGGCAGCUUCCCAUGCAGGCAUGAAAACCGAAGAAAAGCAGUCAAUCCAAGAUGGCUUUAUGGCAAACAGAAUCGACAUCAUCUGUGCUACAAUUGCGUUCGGCAUGGGUAUCGACAAGCCCGAUAUCCGGAACGUCGUCCACUGGGAUUUGUCCAACAGUAUUGAAGAGUAUAGCCAGCAAAUCGGCCGCGCCGGGAGAGACGGUAAGCCCAGUCGAUGCAUGUUCUACCUUUCACCGAGCGCAUACUAUCUCGGCGAGGUUUUCGCCCGUGGAGAUUUGCCUUCUGGGCAGUCCGUACGACGUCUUCUCGUAGACAUCUUCACAAGAGCCGCGGCUGGGCUGUCAGUCGGCGAAAUCUUCAAAGUCAGCCAUACUGAGCAGACACGGGACUCCGACAUCCGUCCGACCACACUCAACGUCAUCUAUGCCACUCUCGAGAAGCAUUUCGGCCUUUUCCGUGCCACUACGCCAGAGUUUACGACGCACAAGUUCGAGGCUAUGUCAAUCUACUUUCCAGUGCUCAGAAAUGACAAAAGUGCAGAGGCGCAGGCCAUUCUUUCCAGUGCGGUUAAAAAAUUCAAGUACCAUGACAUAGGCGUCAACGCUGCUGCUAGAGCUUCUGGUGGCGGUAUCACCCGCGUGGAUAUCGUCAGGAAGCUUACCGAGUUGAAUGACCGCGGUCACAUCAAGCUGCAGGCGAGUGGGUUGAUCAACAGGUAUAUCGUCCAGAAAAGGCUUCCACGGACGAAUCCUGAGAUAGACACCGUCCUUGCUAAGCUAUACCGCGACCUCGAAAGCAGGGAGGAGGACGCAGAAUGUUUCAACCGUGCUCUCACAAAGCACUUUGGCAUGGGCCUCCCUGAGGGAAAAGCCAAAUGUGGGCACUGUACCUACUGCAUGACGGGGAAACCCGUGAAGCCACCUUCUCGACCAUUGAGUCCGACGACACCUGCGUCGAUCAAAGAUGUUCUCAAAGCAACAUCUAUACGCGAUGAUCCCCGCUUUCUAGCAAAGAUAGCCUUCGGUAUCAGAAGCCCGAGGAUCACAGAGCUGAAGCUAGACAGGAGACCCGAAUUCAGAUCGCUGGCUCACCACGAUUUCGAUGCCCUUCUCAGAGAGUUUACCAAGGCCUGCAAUACGGCUCGGAGGUAGCUUAGUACGGAGGGUACGGUUGUUCGCCGUUGAUACCAGCGCCAAGUAGCCCUGCAGAGAGCCUAUGGCAUAAGUGGGUAAGAUGCAUAUAUUGGAGGAUUCUCAAAAUCCGGCCUGACAAUACCUGCGUGGGGUAAUACUUGAAGAUACAAGACCUGU